CCUCCCCUCUCCAUGCAGGCGACGCCGAGCGAGGCUGAGGCUGGGGGCGAAUCGCCGCGGAGCUGCGUGUCGGUAGCGCGCUCUGAUUGGACAGCAGGGAAGCCUGUCAGUUUAUUGGCCCCGCUGAUCCCGCCCCGUAGCUCAGGGCAGCCUUUACCCUUUGGCCCCGGCAGGCGUCAGCCACUCAGAUCGCUUCUUGUUGGUAUGUGUAGCGGCAGUGGCCGCCGACGGAGGAGUCUGAGCCCGACGAUGAGGCCGGGGACUGGCGCCGAGCGUGGAGGCCUCAUGGUGAGUGAAAUGGAGAGCCAACCUCCCUCGCGGGGUCCCGGGGACGGGGAGCGGAGAUUGUCCGGCUCAAACCUGUGCUCCAGUUCUUGGGUCUCUGCUGACGGCUUCCUGAGGAGACGGCCCUCGAUGGGGCAUCCUGGCAUGCAUUAUGCACCAAUGGGAAUGCACCCGAUGGGUCAGAGAGCAAACAUGCCUCCUGUCCCUCACGGAAUGAUGCCGCAGAUGAUGCCUCCUAUGGGAGGGCCUCCAAUGGGACAAAUGCCUGGAAUGAUGUCUUCAGUAAUGUCAGGAAUGAUGAUGUCUCAUAUGUCUCAGGCUUCCAUGCAACCGGCCUUACCGCCUGGAGUAAAUAGUAUGGAUGUAGCAGCAGGUGCAGCAUCUGGUGCAAAAUCAAUGUGGACAGAACAUAAAUCCCCUGAUGGAAGGACUUACUAUUAUAAUACUGAAACAAAACAGUCUACCUGGGAAAAGCCAGAUGAUCUUAAAACACCUGCUGAGCAACUGUUGUCUAAAUGCCCAUGGAAAGAGUACAAGUCUGAUUCUGGGAAGCCUUACUACUAUAAUUCUCAAACAAAAGAGUCCCGCUGGGCCAAACCUAAGGAACUUGAAGAUCUUGAAGGAUACCAGAAUACCAUUGUUGCUGGAGGUCUUAUUACAAAAUCAAACCUGCAUGCCAUGAUCAAAGCUGAAGAAAGCAGCAAGCAAGAAGAAUGUACAGCAACAUCAACAGCCCCAGUUCCUACAACAGAAAUUCCUACCACUAUGAGCACCAUGGCUGCUGCAGAAGCAGCAGCUGCUGUUGUUGCUGCUGCUGCAGCUGCUGCAGCUGCUGCUAAUGCCAAUACUUCAACCACACCUACUAGUAGUGUGGGAAGUGUUCCAGUUGCUCCUGAACCUGAGGUUACUUCCAUUGUGGCUGCUGCUGUAGAUAAUGAAAAUACAGUAACUGUAUCAACUGAGGACCAAGCACAGCUUGCUAAUACCACAGCUAUUCAAGAUCUAAGUGGUGAUAUAUCCAGUAAUGCUGGAGAGGAGCCAUCUAAACAAGAAACUGUAACCGAUUUUACUCCUAAAAAAGAAGAGGAAGAGAGCCAACCAGCAAAAAAAACAUAUACUUGGAAUACAAAGGAGGAGGCAAAGCAAGCAUUUAAGGAAUUAUUGAAAGAAAAGCGGGUACCCUCCAAUGCUUCAUGGGAGCAAGCUAUGAAAAUGAUCAUUAAUGAUCCUCGGUACAGUGCAUUAGCAAAGCUGAGUGAGAAAAAGCAGGCCUUUAAUGCCUAUAAAGUCCAGACAGAGAAAGAAGAAAAAGAGGAAGCAAGAUCAAAAUACAAAGAAGCUAAGGAAUCCUUUCAGCGUUUUCUUGAAAAUCACGAGAAAAUGACUUCGACAACCAGAUACAAAAAAGCUGAGCAAAUGUUUGGGGAGAUGGAAGUAUGGAAUGCAAUAUCAGAGCGUGAUCGCCUUGAAAUCUAUGAAGAUGUUUUGUUCUUCCUUUCAAAGAAAGAAAAGGAACAAGCAAAGCAGUUACGAAAGAGAAAUUGGGAAGCCUUAAAAAACAUACUUGACAACAUGGCUAACGUCACAUACUCCACUACUUGGUCUGAAGCCCAACAGUAUCUGAUGGACAACCCAACGUUUGCAGAGGAUGAAGAGUUACAGAACAUGGAUAAAGAAGAUGCAUUAAUAUGCUUUGAGGAACACAUCCGGGCUUUAGAAAAGGAAGAAGAAGAAGAAAAACAGAAGACUUUGUUGAGAGAAAGGAGGCGGCAGCGUAAAAACAGGGAAUCUUUUCAGAUAUUUUUAGAUGAGUUGCAUGAGCAUGGACAACUACAUUCUAUGUCCUCUUGGAUGGAACUGUAUCCAACUAUUAGUUCUGACAUUAGAUUCACUAAUAUGCUUGGUCAGCCUGGAUCAACUGCACUUGAUCUUUUCAAGUUUUAUGUUGAAGAUCUUAAAGCACGUUAUCAUGAUGAAAAAAAGAUAAUAAAAGACAUUCUGAAGGAUAAAGGAUUUGUAGUUGAAGUAAACACAACUUUUGAAGAUUUUGUGGCAAUAAUCAGUUCAACCAAAAGAUCAACUACUUUGGAUGCUGGAAAUAUCAAGUUGGCUUUCAAUAGCUUACUAGAAAAGGCAGAAGCCCGUGAGCGUGAGAGAGAAAAAGAGGAAGCUCGGAAAAUGAAACGAAAAGAGUCUGCAUUUAAGAGUAUGCUGAAACAAGCUGCUCCCCCAAUAGAACUGGAUGCUGUCUGGGAAGAUAUCCGGGAAAGAUUUGUAAAAGAACCAGCAUUUGAGGACAUAACUCUAGAAUCUGAAAGAAAAAGAAUAUUUAAAGAUUUCAUGCAUGUACUUGAGCAUGAAUGUCAACAUCAUCAUUCAAAGAACAAGAAACAUUCUAAGAAAUCUAAGAAACACCAUAGGAAACGCUCCCGCUCUCGAUCGGGAUCAGAUUCAGAUGACGAUGACAGCCAUUCAAAGAAAAAAAGACAGCGAUCAGAGUCCCAUUCUGCUUCAGAACAUUCUUCUAGUGCUGAGUCUGAGAGAAGUUACAAGAAAUCAAAAAAGCAUAAGAAAAAAAGCAAAAAGAGGAGACAUAAAUCUGACUCUCCAGAAUCAGACACUGAACGAGAAAAGGAUAAAAAAGAUAAAGAUCGGGAAAGUGAAAAAGACAGAAGUAGACAGAGAUCAGAGUCAAAACACAAAUCACCUAAGAAAAAGACUGGAAAGGAUUCUGGUAACUGGGAUACUUCCGGCAGUGAGCUGAGUGAAGGGGAAUUAGAAAAGCGCCGAAGAACCCUUUUGGAGCAACUGGAUGAUGAUCAAUAAAUUAUACCAAAUAUAUGUUUAUAGUAUGAUUUAAAGUCUAAUUCAGACCAGGGAUUAUUUUUAGUUCAAUUUACAUAACACUGGGUUUUAAUUGUGUCACAGGAAAAAAAAGUACAUUUAUGUAUUGUUAUUGUGGACUUUCUAAAAGCAAAGGAAAUUGAAAAUAACUUGAUUCUGUAUCAAGAAUCAUAUUUUCCUACGGUCAUAACUGUCUUUCUGUGACCCUUUCAUAGGGCACUGCAGGAUGGGAUUAAAAGUGGCAAUUUACUGGUCGCUGCAGACGUCUCUACUUUGUUCUAAGUCAUGAGGUGAUUUGAUUUACUGUAUAGAAGUUGGAUUUUGAAGAUACAGUGAAAAUUUUUUUGAUAACGUAGUACAAAAAAAGCACCAGCAUCCUAUGUAAGACUGCUUUUUUGUGUACUACUCACUGGUUGAAGCCCAUGUUAUCUUUUAUGGUGAGCUCUUCAGAAAUCGGUGUUUUGGAUGGAAACUGGUAGAUCUUUCACUGUAGCAGUGCGAACGAGCACUGCUGUAAUAAAGCCACCAUUAUUUUUUAUGAAACAUCUGAGUAAAUUUUUAAAAGGCUUAUGAGGGCAUUAUUUUGAGCAUCAUUUUUAAGGUGAUGUUUUGAAAUAGCUAACAUCAAAUCAAAUUGUAAAUUAGUUUAAAUAUAUUGCCUUAAGGACCUACUAAAGAAUGUGCCACCAAACUCUUGAGUGAUAGUUGAAAUAUCCUUGUAGGGGGAAAAAAAAAUCAAUGUUGACUUAAAAUAUUUUCCUUUAAUUUUUAAUCCAGUCUUUCUCUUUCACUUUUUUUUUUUUAAUUCCAUUAAGGAGGUUGUAAAUUACCUUCCUUCUCACUGAGAAGUAUUGACUUCAUUCUACACAUUCUAAAGCAUUUCUGAUUUCAAUAUUUUUGUACAUUUUUAUCUAUUAUUAAACCUUCUCUUGUAGUGUG